GUUCAGUCAGCUAGCAACAGGUAAGUCAGGUUCGGUAUCCGGCUACUUUAUUGAUCAUCAACAUAUGUCAGUCUGAGUGUGCGUAUGGAAGUGGAUGGAGUAAGGUUUAUAAAUGAUUAUUAAAACGGUUCAUAAGGAUGAAGUGGAAAAAGAGUAAACUCACCGUCGUUAUAUUUUUACUGGCAAUAUUUUUGUAUGCAAUGCCAACAAUGAAAGUUUCUCUCAGUCUUCCUGUUUAUAAUCCAAACAACUUAUGGAUAAACGAAAUAAGGGACGAACAUGAAGGAAAUAAUCCUAGUAAGCCUAAAUAUGUUGAUCGACCUAUGAUGUCCAAUGGAACUGAAAUGCGCCAAAAAGAUAUAAAAUCAGAAUCUUUAGAAUCGGCGCGUAGUACAAUAAGUCACAAGAAUGAAUUCUGCGCACCACUACACCGAGUCUUGUUCCUUAAAACACACAAAACCGGAAGCUCAACUGUCACCUCAAUUCUGCAAGUGUACGGGUACCAAAGAAAUCUCACAUUUGCAGUUCCAAAAACCGGCGCCCAAAUUUUAAGCCGGGAUUUCUUCAAGACUGAUCAAGUCCACCCUCAAAAAUACGAUAUGCUAGUCAACCAUGCUAGAUACAACAGAACCGAAAUGGAAAAGGUGAUGAAACCAGGUGCUAAGUAUAUCACAAUACUAAGAGAUCCAAGAACGCAAAUCGAGUCCAAUUUUGGUUAUUUCUCACUUACGCGUUAUUUGAAUUUACAAGAAGAGGAGAAUCCUUUCAGAACCUUUGUCUCGAAUCCAUUCUACUAUUGGGACAAAUAUAAACGUGUACCGUUUAGAAACUACUUGAAGAAUCCUAAUUUAUUCGAUUUAGGCUUGUCGGAAUUAGAACAAGAAAAUGUAUCAAUUGUUUCCAAAUUCAUUGAAAAACUCACUAAAGAAUUUAAUCUUGUUCUUAUUCAAGAACACUUCAACGAAUCUUUACUAUUGCUGAAAAAGCUAAUGUGUUGGGGUAUGGAUGAUAUAUUAUAUUUGUCGAAAGGAACACGGAGCUCCAAAAUUCGUUUUGAAAUCGAACCAGAAUUGAGAGCUUCGAUCCGCAAGUGGAGCUGGGCAGAUGCAUUGCUGUACGAUCAUUUUAAUCAAACCUUAUGGAACAAAAUAAAAGAAUACGGUCCUUCUUUUAAAGCAGAUCUAGUCGAAUUUGAAGCAAAACUGAAUGAGACGUUAUACUCAUGCACUCUUCCAAACGUACCGAUUCGUGAUAAUCGCCGUGAAACGUGGCUUAUCAAAAACCCAAAAGGAUCAACAAAGUGUACAGAUAUGAUGAGAAGUGAUCUGGAUUUUACAAUAUUGUUGCGUCGCAUCCAAUUUGGCGAAAAUGAGGAGAUGCUAUAAAUUAUAACAAUACAGUAAAAAAAUACGUCAUUUUGUUUUAAUUGUCAUCGC